AUGUCAGAGUCAGUGUUUGUGGGACUGUGCCGUGUAAUAGGGACCUCACAAGAGGUGGCCGUGAGGAGAGAUUUGGCGGAUAUCAGAGAGAUGGUAAUUAAUCAGAUAAGAAGUAGUGAUGAGAAUAAUGUGAUGGUGAGUGAAAGUCGCAGAAGAAUGAGAAGAGAUUCAGUGGACAUUAGAUUUAUGGAGGAUAAUCAAGCAAGACCAAAUUAUGACAUUAGUGAGUUGAUAAGUGGGAGUCACAGAGAAGGAUUCAGACUGAAAGAAUCAGAUAUAGACACUAUGGGCUGGCCAAAUAAUCACCGAGUGAUCUGGGAAUUAUCUCAGUCUCAGUAUUACAAUACCAACAGAAAAAUACUUAUACUCUGUGAAAGUUCUAAUAGUCCACCAGGAUUUACUUUGGCAUCUUUGCUGUCACCAAGCAUGUACAGAGACAUCCAGAGAGCUUGUGUUAGAAUGAAUGACAGAUAUUAUAUAUCUAGUUCUAAAUACGUACAGAUCAUGUGUUCUGUAUCACCAUCCAACUACACUCCACACGGACCCUGUGCCAGUAGAAGACGUGGAACAGUAGAAAAUGAUAUAGCCCCUUGUUUUCUCAGUGACUUUUGGCCUCCAUCUGCCUCCUCAUGGAUAGACAGAUGUCGUUCAUGGCCCAAGCCUCAUAUUGUUGAUAAUAUAGUAAAAAAUGGAUGUCAUAUUGUAGCAGUUGGACAUAAGUUAGGGAGUCAUGAAGACCAUGAAUGGAGAAUUUCCUUUUCUCUGGCAGAACAGAAACUUGUCUUUGCAAUGAACCACUGUCAAUUUUUGACUUAUGGCUUGCUUAAGUUGUUCUUGACAGAAAUAAUUAACAAUGGACUAGGUGAUGGAGAUAAAUUACUGUGUUCUUAUCACAUGAAAACAGCAGUUUUCUGGGUGAUUCAACAAAACACAAUACCUCAGUGGUGUCCAAAAAAUCUCCUGGAGGGUUUCUGGGUCUGUUUUAAACUCAUCCUUAAAUGGGUGUAUGAAGGGAUCUGUCCCAACUUUUUCAUUCCAGCAAAUAACAUGUUUCUAAGUAAGGUUCAUGGUGAAGCACAGCAUCUGUUAUUUAUUAAACUUCAUGAAUUGUAUGAGAAAGGGUUAGCAUUCCUGCUUAACAGUCCCUCCAUUAGGUCUUACAUUAUAAAUGUCCUCCAUAACCCCAAACUCCCCAUCUGUACAGAUGAACAUACUCUGAUUUCUGAGACUGAGUUUGAUGUACACCUAUUUACAGAAAUACGUCGCUUUGACGUAAUACCUACAUUAAACACACAAUACUAUAUGAAGUGUCUAAGUACAAUAGAAAGAUUAAUAUGUUCAUCCCUCCUGACAAAGUAUCAAGUCGUCAUGCUACAGAAACUAACAGCUUCUGUUCUCCAGCACACUGCUUUCAUAUAACACAUGGAGAUUGACCCACACAAAA